UAGCCGUUGUGCGCUGGAGAGUGACUCGGCGCUGGUCACAUGAGAGUCCGACAGCGGCGCCAUGUUAGAGGACCGGCAUCAUCCUAUCUGAGCUCAGCAAGGAGAUGCGAUACAUGAUACACCAGCACACCUGAACCAACAGGUUACUUAGUCUGACAGAGGUGUGUCACAGAGUGAGAACAAGAAGACAUGGCAAAUCUUCACAGGUAACUUGAAUGAUAAGAGCCCAGCCAAGCGGCCAUGGCAACCAGGUCAACCCUGCUGAAGGUCAUCCUGCUGGGGGAUGGUGGUGUGGGGAAGAGCUCCCUCAUGAACCGCUACGUCACCAACAAGUUUGAUACGCACCUCUUCCACACCAUCGGUGUGGAGUUCCUCAACAAGAACCUGGAGGUGGACGGCCGCCUGGUCACCAUGCAGAUCUGGGACACAGCAGGCCAGGAGCGCUUCCGGAGCCUGCGGACGCCCUUCUACCGGGGCUCAGACUGCUGCCUGCUCACCUUCAGCAUGGAUGACAACCAGAGCUUCCUGAACCUGGGCAACUGGAAGAAGGAGUUCAUCUACUACGCUGACAUAAAAGAGCCCGACAGGUUCCCCUUUGUGGUGCUGGGCAACAAGCUGGACGUGACGGGGCGGCAGGUCUCCAUGGAGGAUGCGGUGCAGUGGUGCAGUGACAACGGGAACCACCCAUACUACGAGACCAGCGCCAAGGACGCCACCAAUGUGGCAGCAGCCUUUGAAGAGGCAGUACGGCGUGUGCUGGCCACGGAGGACAGGGCGGAGCACCUCAUUGCUACAGACACAGUCAACCUGCAUAGAAAAACCCGCUCCAGUGCCACCUGCUGCUGAUUUUUUUUUUGUAUAGCCACAGCUGUUCAUCCAGGGUAUGAUUCUGAGGAAUGACCACCCCUGCAAAAGCCUGGCACUUGCAUCUAUCCACAUCUCCACCUUGGUCCAUUGCCACAAUGGAUGAGAUGCCAUUGUGUUGCUUGGACGUUCAUCUAUGAAUGGAUAUGGAACUUCCAGAUCAACUGUGUAAUAUUUAAGAAAAGAAUAAAUAUCCUUUAUCUCGGAGUUGUCAACUGGGUGACAAAUACAGGUCUGGAGCCACACUUGUUUCAGAGAGAGAUUUAAUGUUUUGUCUAUGUCAAACCCUAACCCUAACCCUAAUUUUGUUUCUUCAUGUCACAAGAUCUAGAGAGACAGGAUACACGUUUUAUCCAGGGGGGUUUCUCCAUCGUGGGUGAAAUCAGCUGCCAGACCUUGUGUAGAUAACUUCAAGUGAAGUUAAAAAAAUCACUUGUCUAAUUCUUUUCCUUCCAUGUAUAGCUACAAAAUAUAAUUUAAAUGGCUAUCAUGUUCUGUUUCUUAACUUGCUACAACAACUGUAUCAAACAUUGUCAUUGUUUACAUUUUUAAAUAGCAGUUAAAGUGUAACAUUCAUAAUUUAUACCUGUCAAUCAUAUUGACAGACAGUGUAAUUUAUACUGUCUUCCCAUUUUGGACAGACCUCAGAAAUACUGGAGCACUUUCUACUGAUAGCACUAACAGAUUAGUCUGGACUUAAAAGUAUUGGUUCAAGAUUUUGAAUGAUGUCUCAAUGACCUUACUGUGAUUAAGAACAGCAGGGUGUUCAUGUACAGACACUAUGUGGUCAUCUGAAGUUUGCAGAAUAUACUGUGCUUAGCAAAAAUGCACUGCAGACGUUGUAUCUAGAGAGAUAAAGAAACAUGCAAACGGUAACACGCGUCUGUUACCCUGCACAAUGAGUUCUGCCACUAAUAAACUGUAAAGUAUCUUUUACAUUACUUUACUUUCUUUAGACAGCAGCACUCCUCACAAUGAAUGGAGAAAAUGUGUGGUUAAAGGGUUAGACUUCAAUACUAAUGGGUAAGUCUGUUCUACCUGUGCUUCCGAAAUUUAAAUGUAAAUGUAGAUGUGAUCAUUUCCUCCAGCAUCACACAAGUACAGUUGGUCUUGUCCUGCAUUGUAAACCUUUUCACUGGUUUUGGGAUACUUCUGAUACCAGUUUGAGAAUGUGGAUACCUCCAACACUAGCUGUAUUUCCAAGUAAUUAAUUUUAUUAAUCCAAAUUUAAACAGGAAUGGUUAUUUCAGUGCAAAAUGAUAUUGUAAAUCGCUCUGGAGCAACCUGUGAAUUUUCCUGUAAUGAAACUGGCUUGGAAAAUAAAACCUGCCAGUGGAGAAUGGCUCAUGGAGACUUGUUCUAAUGGUCCAUCAUUUCAUUUAGAUUGAUAUUAAGAUGGAACUAACAUACUGUACAUACAUUAGUUACACUGUCUGCUAAAAAGUCCUUUCUUCCAACACAAGAAACCCCUUAUGAGCUUGGUAUGUGAAAGAGUAAUCUGUCAGAAGGCAGGCUUUUAUCAAAGUUACAUAUAGCUACUGUGUAGAAGGGCUUCAUAAGUAGUGCAAAAUAAACUAUGAUUCCACCAAUCCUAAGAAUUGUACAUAAUCUUCAGGUCUCUUGUGUCAGCUGUGGGUUAUCAACAAGUAGGUUCUACUUUUGUGUCUCAACAGCAUGUGACACAUUUAACCAUCUCCAUUUAGGAAGCAUAAUAAUACUAUGAAUGAUAAAGGCUCUCGGAUUCAGCUGGGGAACCCCUUACAUUCUUUAGCCAGUCUCCAUCAUCAAUGGUGACCGACAGCAUUUAAGGAAAAAAAAAAGGAUUUUCAAAUUAGGGAACUACACACUUUAUACAGAUGUGGACAAAUUUGUUGGCACCCUUCCAUGAAAAAAGAACCACCCACAGUUUUCUCUGAAUUAACUUGAAACUGACAAAAGUAAUUGGCAUCAAUCAUUGU